GCAUAAAGUAAACAAAUAAAAAGUUGUAUUUGUUAGUUUAUUUUCAUAAUUUAAUUGGUAAAAUAUAAUAAAACACCUCCCUGAUACUCAUAGACAUCCAAUGAGAUGUAUGUGCUAAGUGGUUCUAACGUUCAUGGGCAAUGGCCUUGUGCUGAACUAUUUAUUUCAAAGUUUCAAGAUAUUACCCUGGAAGGAUACAACUCUUCUUUUAAACUCAAAGAAGCUCAACUAUUGUGCUCAAAUUGGUCUUACAAUAUAUUUAUAUUUAAAGAUACAUUCUAUUUAGCGGGGGCAUGGUGCGGCAGCGACAGUGCACUGACAGAAGUGAAGCUCCCUGAUCAGCUGAAAUGCUACAAACAUACCAGUUUAAUCUUAACAGGAAAUGACUUAAAGCUUUACCUAAUAAACAAAAUAUCUUAUGAUAUUUGGCUUUUAAAUAUUGAAGAUGUUGCUACAUGGAACUGGCAGUACAAGAAAAUUAAUACAUCUGAAGAUAUAUUUACAAAUGAACAAGAAUCACCUUGUAAAAAGCCGAAAACAGAAACUGUUAUAGUAAAAGCAGUGCCAACGCCAUAUUCAUUUAUACUGCUCACAUCUGACGGAUCCAUCUAUGAUGCACUUACUAAAAUUGACACAAGCCAUUGCAUUGGGCGAGUCUGUGAUGUAGACUAUGGCUAUGAACACGGAAUUCUGCUGACUGAUAAAGGUCACAUCUACACUUGGGGAAAUGGAAAAAGAUGCCAGCUCGGGCAUGGGGACCUGAUCACCUUGGAGGAACCCACAGAAGUGGAAGCUUUGUCCGGCAUCAGAGUGAUAAAGAUAAAGGCAGGAGGUUGGCACUCACUGGCACUCAGUGAGUCUGGGGACCUCUAUGCUUGGGGCUGGAAUGAUACUGGCCAGCUAGGAAUCAGAAGAGGAGAUGAAAAAAAAGAAGGUUUGAACAGCUAUCCUGUUCCAACCCUAGUAGAGCUCUAUGAUGAUGAAGAGAAUGUUAUUGAGACAAAUGUAAAGGAUAUAGCUUGUGGAAGUAGACACUCGGCUAUUGUUCUGGAAGAUAAUACUGUUUGGACCACUGGGAUUAAUAAAUAUGGCCAAUUGGGAUUUGAUCCAGAAGAAAUAGCCAAACUUGAUAGUUUUAAGAAAUCUUUUGUCUGUGAAUUUGAUGCCAGUUUACAGUGUGGUCACUGGUCUACUUGUGUAUUAUCCAAAGAUGUUGUUAAAAAGAGAAUAAAAAUUGAGAGUGUUGGUUGGGAGGUUGGGCAAUAAAAAAUGAACUUUUUGAUACCCCAGAAAGCACUAAAAUUUAAUACGUA